AUGCCGCUCCUACAGCCCGGGUCUCACACGACGGCCACGACCUGUUCACCGCGCGUGGCAGCACUGGCUCACCAUCACACGCGCUACCACUGCCUCACCAUCACACAGAGCCUGUCUCACCAUCAGCCGGGGUCCCGCCCUGCGGUGACACUGCACGCCCAGGGCUGCUACGUGCUGCCCAGCGCCCACUGCCAUCACCCCCAGACUGCCAUCACCUCCCAGACUGCCAUCACCUCCCAGACUGCCAUCACCUCCCUGACUGCCAUCACCCCCAGACUGCCAUCACCCUCCAGACUGCCAUCACCCCCAGACUGCCAUCACCUCCAGACUGCCAUCACCCCCCAGACUGCCAUCACCUCCCAGACUGCCAUCACCUCCCAGACUGCCAUCACCCCCCAGACUGCCAUCACCUCCCAGACUGCCAUCACCUCCCAGACUGCCAUCACCCCCAGACUGCCAUCACCCUCCAGACUGCCAUCACCCCCAGACUGCCAUCACCUCCCUGACUGCCAUCACCCCCAGACUGCCAUCACCCUCCAGACUGCCAUCACCCCCCAGACUGCCAUCACCCCCCAGACUGCCAUCACCCCCAGACUGCCAUCACCCCCAGACUGCCAUCAACCCCCAGACUGCCAUCACCCCCCAGACUGCCAUCACCCCCAGACUGCCAUCAACCCCCAGACUGCCAUCACCCCCAGACUGCCAUCACCCCCAGACUGCCAUCACCCCCAGACUGCCAUCACCCCCCAGACUGCCAUCACCCCCAGACUGCCAUCACCCCCAGACUGCCAUCACCCCCCAGACUGCCAUCACCCCCCAGACUGCCAUCACCCCCCAGACUGCCAUCACCCCCAGACUGCCAUCACCCCCAGACUGCCAUCACCCCCAGACUGCCAUCACCCCCAGACUGCCAUCACCCCCAGACUGCCAUCACCCCCCAGACUGCCAUCACCCCCAGACUGCCAUCACCCCCCAGACUGCCAUCACCCCCCAGACUGCCAUCACCCCCAGACUGCCAUCACCCCCAGACUGCCAUCACCCCCAGACUGCCAUCACCCCCAGACUGCCAUCACCCCCAGACUGCCAUCACCCCCAGACUGCCAUCACCCCCAGACUGCCAUCACCCCCAGACUGCCAUCACCCCCAGACUGCCAUCACCCCCAGACUGCCAUCACCCCUAGACUGCCAUCACCCCCAGACUGCCAUCACCCCCAGACUGCCAUCACCCCCAGACUGCCAUCACCUCCCAGACUGCCAUCACCCCCAGACUGCCAUCACCUCCCAGACUGCCAUCACCUCCCUGACUGCCAUCACCCCCAAGACUGCCAUCACCUCCCUGACUGCCAUCACCCCCAGACUGCCAUCACCUCCCAGACUGCCAUCACCUCCCUGACUGCCAUCACCUCCCUGACUGCCAUCACCCCCCAGACUGCCAUCACCCCCCAGACUGCCAUCACCCCCCAGACUGCCAUCACCCCCCAGACUGCCAUCACCCCCAGACUGCCAUCACCCCCCAGACUGCCAUCACCCCCAGACUGCCAUCACCCCCCAGACUGCCAUCACCCCCCAGACUGCCAUCACCCCCAGACUGCCAUCACCCCCAGACUGCCAUCACCCCCCAGACUGCCAUCACCCCCCAGACUGCCAUCACCUCCAGACUGCCAUCACCCCCCAGACUGCCAUCACCUCCAGACUGCCAUCACCCCCAGACUGCCAUCACCCCCAGACUGCCAUCACCCCCAGACUGGUUCUUGA